UGCAGAUCAGAUUCAUGCACACUCGAUCUUCUUCAUUUCAAAGGCGAUGAACUCGAGCUGCUCUUAUCCUUCAAAUCUUCAAUCAAUGAUCCGUCUGGCUUCCUCUCCAACUGGAAUUCCUCUAUCCCGUUGUGCAUGUGGCAUGGAAUCACUUGCAACAAUUUUUCGAGGGUAAAGGCAAUUGAGAUCAUUGAAAAAAACAUUUCUGGGUCAAUUUCAUCCUCAAUCUUUCAUUUGUCAGAGAUUGAGACUAUCGAUCUUUCGACUAACAAACUCUCUGGUGAAAUUUCUUGUAACAUCGUUUCUUCUACAUCACUUCGAUAUCUUAAUCUUAGCAAUAACAAUUUGACUGGUGUAGUACCAAUCUGUUCAAUUUCAUUGGAAAUAUUGGAUCUUUGGAAUAACUCCCUUUCAGGAAAAAUUCCACCACAAAUUGGAGUGUGUUGGAAUCUAAAAGAACUUGAUCUUGGUUUCAAUUAUUUGGUAGGGAGAAUUCCAAGCUCCAUAUCGAAUAUCAGCAGUUUGCAAAGAUUGACUCUUGCUGGUAACGAAUUGAUUGGUCAAAUUCCACGUGCAAUAAACAAAAUGAAGAGCUUGAAGUGGAUUUACUUUGGCUAUAACAACCUUUCUGGUGAAAUUCCACAAGAACUUGGUGAUUUCGUUUCUUUGAAUCUUCUUAAUCUUGUCUACAACAAUCUUAGCGGACAAAUUCCAUCAUCACUUGGAAACCUUAGCAAUCUUCAACACCUCUACCUCUACAAAAACAAGCUUACAGGGAAAAUUCCACCACAAAUUGGAGAAUGCUCGAAUUUGGAAAACCUUGAUCUUAGUGACAAUUAUUUGGUGGGGAGAAUUCCAAGCUCCAUAUCAAAUAUCAGCAAUUUGGAACUGUUAGAUCUUUCUGGUAACAGUUUGAUUGGCCAAAUUCCAUGUGCAUUAAGCAAAAUGAAGAGCUUGAAGUGGAUUUACUUUGGUUAUAACAACCUUUCCGGGGAAAUUCCACCAGAACUUGCUGAUUUGGUUUCUUUGAAUCAUCUUUAUCUUGUCUACAACAAUUUCAGUGGACAAAUUCCAUUCUCGCUUGGAAACCUCACUAAUCUUCAAUACCUGUUCCUUUUCGGCAACAAGCUUACAGGUUUGCUUCCUAGAUCCAUUUUUGGCCUUAGAAAGCUUAUUGGACUUGAUCUUAGUGAUAAUUAUUUAUUUGGUGAGAUCCCGGAACUCAUAAUUGAGUUGCAGAGCUUGGAGAUUCUUCAUCUUUUCUACAACGACUUUACUGGUAAACUUCCAAAUGCUCUAGCAUCUUUGCCUCGUCUUCAAGUGAUUGAUCUUGCAUCAAACAGUUUGACUGGAGAAGUUCCUUCUUUGAUCUGCAAUAUAAGUUCCGUCGAAGUCCUUGUCUUAGCUGAUAACAACUUAAGUGGAAUAAUUUCACCAUGUCUAGGAAACUUCAGCAAACGUCUUACAAUCUUAGAUUUGUGGAUGAAUAGUUUUCAUGGAACCAUUCUUGAAACAUUCAACGAGGAUUGUGGGUUGAGGAACAUCAACUUCAAUGGCAAUAAAUUGGAAGGGUCUUUGCCACGAUCCUUGGUGAAUUGUAGAAACCUGGAAAUGAUGGAUGUUGGUGACAACAAGUUGAAUGGUACAUUCCCCUAUUGGUUGGGUAGUCUGCCGGAAUUACAAGUUCUUGUUUUACGGUCAAACAAAUUAGGUGGUGUCUUGCACAGUUCCAAGACCAUCCACCCCUUUCCCAAGUUACGGAUUCUUGACCUUGCUAACAAUGGAUUCACUGGUCCUUUGCCCCAAGGUAUGAUAAAGAACUUGAAGGCCAUGAUGAAUCUCAACGAACAACAAAGUUCUUUACAAUAUAUGAAUGCAAGAUAUUAUAAAUAUGUUGUCAAUUUGACAGUGAAAGGAUUUAGCAUCAUUGCUAAUAUUCCGACAAUAUUCACAAGCAUUGACCUCUCGAAUAAUAACUUUCAUGGAGAGAUUCCAAGUGUAAUCGGAAAGCUUAGAUCACUUAAAGGGCUCAACCUUUCUCAUAACAGCCUUAGUGGUCAUAUCCCCACAUCAAUGGGAUAUUUAUCUAGUCUAGAAUGGUUAGACCUCUCCUCAAACAAGCUCAUUGGGAAAAUCCCUAAUGAAUUGACAGAUAUGACAUUUCUUGCCUUCUUAAAUCUUUCACAUAACCAACUCACAGGACCAAUUCCUCAAGGCAAACAGUUCAGUACAUUUGAAAAUGGCUCAUACGACGGAAACUUGGCACUUUGUGGCUUUCCAUUGUCAAAAGCUUGCAAUGAAGAUGGGAGGGAACGAUCAUCUCCAUCAUUCUCAAAAGAGGCAGAUGACUCAGAGACCAAGAUCAGUUUCGGCUGGAAAAUAGUGUUGAUAGGCUACGGAUGUGGAUUGAUAUUUGGAGUCAUAUUUGGAUAUGUUACAUUCAGAAAUGGUGAACCAAAGUGGUUUAUAACAUUGUAUGGAGUCAAAUAUCAUCGAAAGGGAAGAAGAUGCUCACGGAACUAGUCAAUGCAGAUGACUUUGGAUGUUAUUGCAGCAAGUGUUUCUUUGUGCUCAGUUGCAGUUGUUUUCAUGGACAUGUCUUUGUAUUUUUCUAUAAGUAUUAGUAAUUAAUGUCAUUAAAUAGCCAUGUGUUUCAUCAGCAAAUACAUGACAAUAAAGCGUGGUUGCUGCUUUUGCUUAA